UGAUCGAUCGGGGCGGCCCCAUCGCCCUCGCACCGAACGAUUCGCGCCAUGGAUCUGAGCAGCGCGCCGCUCUAAAUUGCGGAAAGGAUAACGGAUCUCUCCUCGCAUUCAAUGCGCGGGCGAUGAGGAAAAAGUAUUUUAGGGUUCUUGGGAGAUUUAGCCCAUGGGCAGCUGGCACUGGCGAUGGCGAAGCGCCAGCUUCAGUGGCAGUGGCGCUGGCAGCGGCGGCAAGGAUCUGAGGAGAAUGCGCAGCGAGAUUGGCAGAUUUAUGCACAGGAAGAGCUUGGUGAGAGCGAUGUUUGCCGUGGGCGUGGCCUGGGCGCUGUUCGUGCUUGUGAUUUGGGGAAUGCUGCUGGUCGCUUGUGGAUCUGUGUCGAUCACGGUGGAAUCUGCCGGCCAAUGCAAGAAGAAGAGCCAGACUUUCCAGUUUUUGGACGCGUGGGGAUUCAUUCCAAAGCCAAUUCACCGAUGCUCUAUACCGGUUGCUAGAAAUCCACAGUUCGUGCAAAUUCCAUCGUUCCGGCAUGACAGUUCUAUACUCCGAAAGCUCACAUACAUCACAAACGAUAGAGUUGCCGAGGCUGAUCAAAGCAAGCGUCCACUAUUUGGCGGCUAUCAGACAUGGAAGGAGAGAGACGAGAGUUUUAAGAUCAAACCAGCAAUGCAGGUUCAUUGUGGAUUCAUGAAUAAUUCUGGGGGUGACAUUCAUCCACGGGACAAGACAUAUCUCAAGAGGUGUGAAUUUGUGGUUGCCUCAGGAAUUUUUGACGGCUACGACAUGCCUCACCAGCCUUCCAACCUGAGCGACGCCUCUCGAUCGCUCUUUUGCUUCGCCAUGGUGGUGGACGAGAUCUCUCUGGACAGCAUCAAGGCCGAGGGCUUGCUCACCGAGGACGACAAAGGAGGGAGGUGGUCAGGCAUCUGGCGGCUAGUUCUUCUCAAGAACUUGCCGUAUGACGAGCCUCGCCGGAACGGCAAGGUACCCAAGCUCCUCACUCACAGGAUCUUUCCAGCGGCGAAGUAUAGCAUCUGGAUCGAUGGAAAGAUGGAGCUGGUCGUGGACCCAAUUCUCAUACUUGAGAGAUAUCUCUGGCGAGGCGGGCAUAAGUUCGCCAUCGCUCGACACAAACACCACAAGAGCAUUUACGAAGAGGCCGAUGCCAACAAGCGGAGGAAGAGAUACGCGAGGCCGCUGAUAGACAAACACAUGGAGAUCUACAAGCGCGAAGGCAUGCAACCAUGGAGCAAAGCCAAGCUCCCAGUUCUUAGCGAUGUUCCAGAGGGAGCAGUGAUCAUCCGCGAGCACACUCCACUCACGAACUUGUUCUGCUGCCUGUGGUUCAACGAGGUGAACCGAUUCACGCCGCGCGACCAGCUGAGCUUCGGCUACGUUGUCCACCGAUUGAACGGCUCCUUCCCCUUGUUCAUGUUCCCAAACUGCGAGUACAACGCGCUCUUCGUCCUCCACAAGCACACGCGCGAGCACUCGUCCAAGGUGGAAUGGGUGAAGACGCUGGACGAGCUCAAGGACGAGAGCAUCGCGUUCGAGACGAGGGCCGGGCUGGGCUUGCUCGGGGAUCGUUGACCGCCCGUUGGCCGACCGUUAAUCGCAGCCGGAAUCCAACGGCUGCGAUAACCAUAUAAAAUCGUCUAGGGGGGGAUUUCUAGGGUUCUAACACAAAAUGGAAGAGGAGGUAAAUGACGCUCGUGACAGGAGAGAGAGAGUGAUGAGAGAUCCAUUCUUUCUGUCAGAGCUAGAUGUCAUAGUACAAAAGCCUAGAUCACGCGUGUUGGAUGGAGGAGCGAGGCUAGCGCUUGAAAAUGUGCCCAGGUCUAGGCAUAUGCAAACGGAUUCACAGUACAUCA